AUGGGUAUUAAAGGGCUUGGUAAAUUUAUAGGGGACUUCGCUCCUCGUGCAAUCAAGAGACAAGAGGCAGCAUCAUUUGCAAGUCGCGUAGUCGCUAUUGAUGCGUCUAUGUCUCUGUAUCAGUUUCUCGUAUCUAUCAGAGAAGCGGAUUCCUUUGGAUCGUUUACUAAUGAAGCAGGCGAAUGUACUUCGCAUAUUGCGGGAAUGCUCAACAGAGCUCUACGAUUGCUGGAGCAGGGAAUCAAGCCGGUGUACGUGUUCGACGGAGAGCCGCCAGCACUGAAGUCAGCGGAACUGGCCAAGAGACGAGGGACACGUGAAGCAGCAGCAACAGCUGCAGAAGCCGCGCGAGAGGCAGGAGAUGCAGAGGAACUGAGGAAACAAAUAGUUCGUUCUCUACGUGUAGAAAAGAAACACUCAGCAGACGUGCAGAGACUGUUACGCCUGAUGGGUUUGCCAGUAGUACAAGCUCCUGGUGAAGCAGAAGCACAGUGUGCAGAACUGACGAAGGAACAGCGCGUCUGGGCCACAGCAACAGAAGAUGCAGAUGCCCUCACGUUCGGUGCCACACGCUUGAUACGCAAUCUGACCUUCGGAGGUAGUGGAGCAGAUCGUGCGAGCUGUGGCGGUGGUGGUAAUAAGGCGGCUGCUGCUGUGCUGUUGAUAGACCUGCCCACGUUACUGGAGGAGCUACGUUUCACACAACAGCAGUUUGUGGAUUUCUGUAUAUUAUGUGGGUGUGAUUACUGUGGUACUGUACGUGGGGUGGGCGCAAAAACUGCUUAUGCUAUAAUUCGUGACCAUGGCUGUCUCGAAGAGGCUAUAGCUGCUGGCGCUCUCGAAAAUGAAAAACUACCAGAUCCUUUCCCUUUUGAGGAAGUGCGGCAACUCUUCAUCAGACCUCGUGUUCUGCCUGCUGCUCAGGUAGAUAUCACUUGGACAGACAUCGACGUUGAUGGCCUACGCAGAUUUCUUGUACAGGAGAAUCAAUUUAAUGAGCAACGAGUGGAGAACUGUAUCACUCGUUUGAAAAAAGCACGUGGGAAGGCAUCGCAAAUGCGUUUAGAGAGUUUUUUUGGUACACCGACAACGAAGUCAUCUUCGUUAAUGCAGAAGCAGCAACAGGAAAGGCAAAAACAACUAGAGUUACAGCGUCAGAAGAAGUUUUUGCCGUCGAAGAAAAACAACACAAAAAACAGAAACUGGACCCUCCACCGAAAUCGACUAACCUCCAAAGUCACUGUUGCAGCGGUUGGUGGUGCUGAUGCUACACACACUGACGAGGGGGAGGAGGCGACUGUGAAAACAGCAGUCAAGAACGUAAAAGGAGAAGAAGCAGAAGGAGAAGAUUCCCGUAAGCAACGAUCGCCAGGAGAAGACGUAGUAGAGGCAUCAAAGGAGAAAGCAUUACCAGCGAAGAUAGAAGAUAAGAAGGAGAAAGUAGGCAAAAAAGGACGAAAAGACAACGAAACAGGAAUCUCUAGAGAGAGAAGAGAGAGAAAAAGAAGGAAAAGGGGAGGAAAAAACGGAAGAGACAACAGAACUGACGAAGAAAGAAGCAACAGAAAAGCCACUGGAAGAAGAGAAUGA